UGUUUGAUACCUAUCUGUUGUGGGCUAUAUGAACUCUUAAGUGGAGUUCUUCUUAUCCUGCCUGAUGCUAUGCUUGAAGAUGUGAUGGACAAGAUUAUUCAAGCAGAUACUCUUCUAGUCCUCGUUAACCACCCAUCAUCUGCUAUCCAACAAGGAGUAAUUAAACUGUUACAUGCAUAUAUUAACAGAGCAUCUAAAGAACAAAGGGACAAGUUCCUGAAGAACCGCGGCUUUUCCUUACUAGCCAACCAGUUAUAUCUUCAUCGGGGAACUCAAGAAUUGUUGGAGUGCUUCACUGAAAUGUUCUUUGGUCGACACAUUGGCCUGGAUGAAGAAUUUGAUCUGGAGGAGGUGAAACACAUGGAACUUUUCCAAAAAUGGUCUAUCAUUCCAGUACUGGGACUAAUAGAGACCUCUCUCUAUGACAAUAUACUCUUGCAUAAUGCUCUCUUACUUCUUCUUCAAGUCUUAAACUCUUGUUCUAAGGUAGCAGACAUGUUGUUGGAUAAUGGUCUACUCUAUGUGUUGUGUAAUACAGUAGCAGCCCUGAAUGGAUUAGAAAAGAACAUUCCUUUGAACGAAUACAAAUUGCUUGCCUGUGAUAUACAGCAACUUCUCAUAGCAGUUACAAUUCACGCUUGCAGUUCCUCGGGCUCACAGUAUUUUAGAGUUAUUGAAGACCUUAUUGUACUUCUUGGCUAUCUUCAGAAUAGCAAAAACAAGAGGACACAAAAUAUGGCUUUGGCCCUGCAGCUUAGAGUUCUCCAGGCUGCUUUGGAAUUUAUAAGGAGCACAGCCAAUCAUGACUCUGAAAAUCCAAUAGAUACAGUCCAGUCGCCUUCUGCUCACCACCAUGUAGUGUCUCAGAAGCGGAGAAGCAUUGCUGGUGAGUAUUAAAAUGGCAUUUUAAUAAUUACACAUUGAAGGCAGCUAUACUCUCCUGUAUUCUGAUGUCAUUUGCAUUAAAAGCAUUUUUCUUGCUUGGCAUGGAGGCACAUGCCUUUAAUCCCAGCAAUAUGGAAACAGAGGCAGGUAUGUGUCUGGGAGUUUGAGGCUAGCCCUAUCUAACAUACCAAGUCUCAUCUCCAAGGAAUUAAACUGUAUUUCUUGGUUUAAAAAAA